AUGUCGCACCGGUCGACGCCAACUUCAAGCGUGGAGGCCAACGGCUACGCGUCUCCGUCUGCCUACUCUCACUCACACUCAUACUCCCACUCACACUCAUCGACACCCGUGCCCGGGACACCCACGACUCCGAUUGCAGGAGGAAGUGGUGCAAAGCCAAGUGGUGGUAGUGGACAACAGGCUGCAAAGCCGAAGCCGACGAAUGUGUUUUCUAACGAUGGUUCUUUUUUGGAGAGGUUUCAGCGUAUACAGAAGGAUGAAGAAGAGAAGAAGAAGCAGGAUGAGACGUUGGCGAAGAAACGCAACUUUGACGAUCGAUUUAAAAAGAGGGGCAAGCGUCCACCUCCCGAUUCUUCCGACUCAUCGAAAGCUCCAGCCGAUCCUCCAGCGAAGAAAGCUAAGACCGAAACGCCCAUGAGUCAAUACGAGAAGGAAGUCAAGAGCUACGCCGGACGAAGUCUCAAGGACGACGGCAUCGGUGUACGUCCCCUCGUGAAAUAAAUAAAUAAGCACACCGCGAAAUCGUUCUUUCGUUCGUUUAUUGAUCCAAAUAUUGUCGUGUCUCGAGCAUUCUGGUGAGUCUCCUCGCUAUUCACAUCUCGUUCGACGGCCAGGGUGGCGCCUUCCCUGAUAUUUCGUGAGCUAACGGGCUUAGAUCGUCUUAAAACGCAUCCAUUGCAGCUUUUCUUGGACAAUUGCAGCUUUAUUGAACUUCAUAUUUCUUGUCGGUGCCAACACCGCUGCUAGGGUUGGUGCAUGUAUGAUCCGGGACUACUUACUGCUUACCGCAGA